AGAUGCUGAUGAAACAAAAGAAUGGAUAGAGGAGAAGAACCAAGCAUUAAAUACAGACAACUAUGGACAUGACUUGGCCAGCGUGCAGGCUCUGCAGCGCAAACAUGAAGGCUUUGAGAGAGACUUGGCAGCUCUUGGAGACAAGGUGAAUUCUCUUGGUGAAACUGCCCAGCGUCUGAUCCAGUCACAUCCAGAAUCUGCUGAAGAUCUCCAAGAAAAAUGUACUGAGUUGAAUCAGGCUUGGAGUAGUCUGGGAAAACGUGCUGACCAGCGCAAAGAGAAGCUUGGAGAUUCUCAUGACCUGCAGCGAUUCCUCAGUGACUUCAGGGACCUUAUGUCUUGGAUCAAUGGAAUCCGGGGCCUGGUCUCCUCAGACGAACUUGCAAAGGAUGUGACUGGAGCUGAAGCUUUACUAGAAAGGCACCAGGAACAUCGCACUGAAAUCGAUGCAAGGGCUGGCACUUUCCAGGCAUUUGAACAGUUUGGACAACAGCUUCUGGCUCAUGGGCACUAUGCCAGCCCAGAGAUCAAGGAGAAACUGGAUACUCUAGAUCAAGAACGGACAGACCUAGAGAAGGCCUGGGUCCAGCGCAGGAUGAUGUUAGACCAGUGCCUGGAACUACAGUUGUUCCAUCGGGACUGUGAACAAGCUGAAAACUGGAUGGCUGCCAGAGAGGCUUUCCUCAAUACAGAAGAUAAAGGAGACUCCUUAGACAGUGUGGAGGCACUCAUCAAGAAACACGAAGAUUUUGAUAAGGCAAUCAACGUCCAGGAAGAGAAAAUUGCUGUCUUACAAUCUUUUGCUGACCAGUUGAUCUCUGCUGAUCAUUAUGCAAAAGGAGUCAUUGCUAACAGACGCAAUGAGGUUCUGGACAGGUGGCUUCGUCUGAAAGCUCAAAUGAUUGAAAAGAGGUCAAAGCUAGGAGAAUCUCAGACACUCCAGCAGUUCAGUCGUGAUGUGGAUGAAAUAGAAGCUUGGAUCAGUGAAAAGCUCCAGACUGCAAGUGAUGAAUCAUACAAGGAUCCCACAAAUAUCCAGCUUUCCAAACUGCUGAGCAAGCACCAGAAGCACCAAGCCUUUGAAGCUGAGCUCCACGCCAAUGCAGAUCGGAUCCGCGGGGUCAUUGAUAUGGGGAACUCGUUGAUCGAAAGAGGAGCAUGUGCUGGCAGUGAGGAUGCUGUGAAGGCACGUCUAGCUGCCCUGGCUGACCAGUGGCAGUUCCUGGUCCAGAAAUCAGCAGAGAAGAGUCAGAAACUGAAAGAAGCCAAUAAGCAACAGAAUUUCAAUACUGGAAUCAAGGACUUCGAUUUCUGGCUUUCAGAGGUGGAGGCUUUGUUGGCAUCUGAAGAUUAUGGAAAGGACUUGGCAUCAGUUAACAACCUUCUGAAGAAACACCAGUUACUGGAAGCUGAUAUAUCUGCUCAUGAGGAUCGUCUGAAGGACCUGAACAGCCAGGCUGACAGUUUGAUGACCAGCAGUGCUUUUGAUACAUCCCAAGUCAAGGAUAAGCGCGAGACCAUUAAUGGGCGCUUCCAGAGGAUCAAGAGCAUGGCAGCUGCCCGCCGAGCAAAGCUGAACGAGUCCCACCGCUUGCACCAGUUCUUCCGGGAUAUGGAUGAUGAGGAGUCCUGGAUCAAAGAGAAGAAACUAUUGGUGAGCUCAGAGGACUAUGGCAGAGACUUGACCGGUGUGCAGAACCUUAGGAAGAAACACAAGCGCUUAGAAGCAGAAUUAGCUGCCCAUGAACCUGCUAUCCAGGGUGUUCUAGACACUGGUAAGAAGCUUUCAGAUGAUAACACAAUUGGAAAGGAGGAGAUACAGCAGAGGCUGGCUCAGUUUGUGGAUCACUGGAAAGAGUUAAAGCAGUUGGCAGCUGCAAGGGGCCAGCGUCUGGAGGAGUCACUGGAGUACCAGCAGUUUGUAGCAAAUGUUGAGGAAGAAGAAGCCUGGAUCAAUGAGAAAAUGACCCUGGUAGCCAGUGAGGAUUAUGGAGACACACUUGCUGCUAUCCAGGGCUUGCUGAAAAAGCAUGAAGCAUUUGAGACUGAUUUCACUGUCCACAAAGACAGAGUGAACGAUGUUUGUGCUAAUGGAGAGGAUCUCAUUAAAAAGAACAAUCACCACGUGGAGAACAUUACAGCCAAGAUGAAGGGCCUCAGAGGCAAGGUGUCAGAUCUGGAAAAAGCAGCAGCUCAGAGGAAAGCCAAAUUGGAUGAGAACUCUGCCUUCCUGCAGUUCAACUGGAAAGCAGAUGUAGUGGAGUCAUGGAUAGGUGAGAAGGAAAACAGUCUGAAGACAGAUGAUUAUGGACGUGACCUCUCUUCUGUGCAAACACUCCUCACCAAACAGGAAACUUUUGAUGCUGGACUUCAGGCUUUCCAGCAGGAGGGAAUUGCAAACAUCACUGCUCUGAAAGACCAGCUACUAGCAGCCAAACACAUCCAGUCAAAGGCCAUUGAGGCUCGGCACGCUUCCCUGAUGAAACGCUGGAAUCAGUUACUUGCCAAUUCUGCUGCCAGGAAAAAGAAACUCUUGGAGGCUCAGGAGCAUUUCAGGAAGGUUGAGGAUCUGUUCCUGACUUUUGCGAAGAAGGCAUCUGCCUUCAACAGUUGGUUUGAGAAUGCUGAAGAGGACCUGACAGAUCCCGUGCGCUGCAACUCGCUGGAAGAAAUCAAAGCACUGAGGGAAGCUCACGAUGCUUUCCGCUCUUCACUUAGCUCUGCCCAGGCUGACUUCAACCAGCUGGCAGAGCUCGAUCGCCAGAUCAAGAGCUUCCGUGUAGCCUCCAACCCAUACACUUGGUUUACUAUGGAGGCUCUUGAAGAAACCUGGAGGAACCUGCAGAAAAUUAUCAAGGAGCGUGAAUUGGAGCUGCAGAAGGAACAGAGAAGGCAGGAAGAAAACGACAAAUUGCGCCAGGAAUUUGCUCAGCAUGCUAAUGCUUUCCAUCAGUGGAUUCAGGAGACCAGGACUUACCUGCUAGAUGGCAUAGCAUAUCGUCGUGUCAUUCGUGUCUAUCAGUAUGAAGUUGGGGAUGAUCUAUCCGGAAGGUCGUGCAUGGUGGAGGAAUCGGGAACACUGGAAUCACAGUUGGAAGCUACUAAACGCAAGCACCAGGAGAUCCGAGCUAUGAGAAGCCAACUGAAGAAGAUUGAGGACCUUGGAGCAGCCAUGGAAGAGGCACUGAUCUUGGACAACAAAUACACAGAACACAGCACCGUGGGGCUGGCUCAGCAGUGGGACCAGCUUGACCAGCUGGGCAUGAGAAUGCAGCACAACCUGGAACAGCAGAUCCAGGCUCGGAACACGACUGGAGUCACAGAGGAGGCCCUGAAGGAGUUCAGCAUGAUGUUCAAGCACUUUGACAAGGACAAAUCUGGACGACUCAACCACCAGGAGUUUAAGUCUUGCUUGCGCUCUCUCGGCUACGACCUGCCUAUGGUUGAGGAAGGAGAGCCAGACCCAGAGUUUGAGGCUAUUCUUGACACUGUUGAUCCCAACAGGGAUGGACACGUUUCACUGCAGGAGUACAUGGCCUUCAUGAUCAGCAGGGAAACGGAGAACGUGAAAUCCAGCGAGGAGAUCGAGAGCGCUUUCCGCGCCCUCAGCUCAGAGGGGAAGCCCUACGUGACCAAGGAGGAGCUCUACCAAAACCUGACCCGGGAACAAGCCGAUUACUGCAUCUCUCACAUGAAGCCCUACAUGGACGGCAAAGGCAGAGAACUUCCUUCUGCCUACGACUACAUAGAAUUUACACGUUCACUCUUUGUGAAUUGAUCUGAAACCCCCCCCACUAGUACCAAAAGAUGCGAAGGACACGCUCACGUUUGCUGACUGUAGCUCUGCAUGUGUCUCUCUCUCUCUUUGUGCUCUACAAUAAUCAAUGUUACUUUAUGAUGUAACCUUAAACUGCUUAGCUUAAAACUUAGGGAAAACAAAACAUGGUGCAGUGUGCUUCAAUAAAAGUUACUGGUCGAACCACA